GUAAGCAAAGUCGUAGCGUAGCAGAGAAUCAAUGCUGUCGUAUUGUGUUUGUGUGUCCAGGAUGGGGAGUGCGGGAUCGAGGAUGGUCGACUCUGCCUAACCAGUCCAGGUUCGUUGCGUCGAAGAAGCCAACCGGACCAGGAAGCCAUGCCGUCAUGUCGUGUUCGUGGUGUCGGAGAAACAGCAUCAAGGAAGACGCAAGACUGCCGAGAGGACAUUCAAGAUCAUCUCCUCGGCCGUCCCAUCGGAUCCCAGUCCCUCCAACUCUCCCGAUCGUCAUCCCAAUCGUCAGCCUCAUCCUCCUCACCAGCAUGGUACCUCUAGUACCUUUGACGACCCUCUAGCGGAGCAUAUGGAUUGCCACUCAUAUCA